CCCUGUGCCAGCUGCAGAUGUCUAUCAAGCAUCCAAAACAGAAACAGAUCAGAUUCCCAUUCUCAGUUCCAAAGCCAGGCCUUACAACAGCGCUCACUCGUGUGUGCGGAAUAUGUCGGAAGAAAGAUAGCAAUUACACUUGCCCGCGAUGCAACAUCGCUUACUGCUCGUUAGAAUGCUUCAGAGCAGAGUCCCACGGCCAAUGCUCCGAGCCAUUUUAUAGGUCCACUAUUUUUUCUGAGAUCGCCACUGAUCCGAAAGUGGACAAUGACGAGAAGAGGAAGAUGAUGGAGAUGCUUAAGCGUUUCGAGGACGCUCAGAUCGAGGGAGAGGAAGCUUUCGAGCAGCUCAAAAGACAGGAAGAGGAAUACGCGGACGAUCAGCUAUUGUCUGCUUUGAAAGGCGUUGAUCUCGAUACUAUCAGCUCGAACGAUUUACUCAAGAUUCUGCCUGAGUCUGAUCGAGAGGCUUUCAUCGCAUUACUUCAGAAUCCAGAUUCAGAAACGACGCGGCGAAUUCUCGACGCUGCCGUAGCUGAGGAUGAGGAUGCCCCGGCUCAGCUCCCGUGGUGGGAGAAUGGCCUGAGAUUUGGGGAUGAAGACCCCUUGGACGAGGGAGAAUAUGCCAUCCCUCCGGAGAUGGUCCCCGCCGAGCUUCUCAGCUCGGUUCGUCCACCCGAGGGGACCGGCCGUAAGCUGUUUUAUAAUGUUCUCGCGGUCUGCAUCUCCUACGUCCACAUCCUUCUAUCCUACCGUAUAACAUCUCUCUCGCCGAAUUCCCUAGCAGAAGGUGGAGUGUCUGGCCCUGAAAUCAAGGCAGAGGUCAGCGCUUUUGUCCCCUUCUUGACCGAUUCCAAAUCGACUACCCGCUUCGAGACUGUCAGAGACGCUUGGUCAGCAGUCUGGGAUAUUAUCGAACAGGCGGGGGUAGAGGGGACAUCAACGGAGAAUCUGGUACGGUUGUUGGAGCACAUGUCUGGCCUCAUACACCCAUCUCUAUCGCUAGACGAACCGAACAAAGUGACGCUGGUGUGUUGCGAUCUGUAUCGAUUAUUUGUCAUCCCGAAGCCAGGUGCCGCUGCCCCACGAAAACUGUUAUUUUACAUUGCAUCCCUCGGGCAAUUGCUGCGGGCAGAUUGGCUCGAGUUAGAGAAGGAAAUCCGGGUAGAAGUGCAGAAGCUGAGAGCCGAAGUAGAUUCAGACAUAGAACAGGACAAACAAACUGAUCGACCGGCGUUGCAAGUUGUAUCAGUCUAGUCAAGUGUCAUUUUCCCGGAGCG